AGACGUCACGCGCACGUCACGAAAUAUAAAUCGAUAUAUACGUAGCAUUUAUAGUUAUACUUUUAUACAUUAAAACCCUAUCUUCAAACGUUGAACAAUGUCCAUAGCAUCUUCUGACUCCGGGGCGGAGUUCCAGACGUACUCGGAACGCACUUUAGCGAUUAUCAAGCCAGAAGCCAUAGAAGAUGCCGACGCGAUCGAAAAACACAUAAGAGACAAUAGCUUUAUAAUACUCGCUAAGCGUCAAGUUCGACUGACUCCAGAGCAAGCUGCGGAGUUCUACAAGGGCCAUUACGGGCGAAAGCAUUUCCCGCACCUCGUGGCGCACAUGUCCAGCGGGUCCAUAAUCGCGCUGGUCCUCGCUGGACGGAACUGUAUACAGAGAUGGCGGACACUCAUGGGUCCAGCAAGAGUGCUAGAGGCUCAGGCUUACUGGCCGGACAGCCUACGAGCUUGCUACGGGCGGCGCACCAAGUACGGGGACUAUUUUAAUGCAGUCCAUGGCAGUGAAAAUCAUGCCGAGGCCGUGAGGGAAAUACAUUUCUUUUUUCCUAACAUGAUAGUAGGGCCGGUGCUUCGCAAGUGGCAAGUUCACGACUACAUCCUCAAGCAUAUAACACCGACGCUCCUGCCAGGGUUGACAGCUUUAGCUCACGAGCGGCCGGCAGAACCAUUACUGUGGUUGGCAGAAUAUCUCCGCACGCACAACCCUAACGAGCCGGAGUUGGCGACGCAGCAACCCGAGCAGAGAGAAGAUCCGCGAUGCCACACACCCGUGCCUUCGGAAGAGUCCGUUAAAUAAUGUUUUGAAAUUAAUAGGAUGAGUGGAUUAUUAUCAAAAAUUAAUUCAAAUAGUACGAAUGUUAAUUUGUAUUGGAGUUUUGGGGAUCAAAACUGUUUGGGGAUAUAAAAAUAUAAAUAGUCA